AUGUUCUCCUCCACCCUCCCACCAAUUAUAACGUGGGACUACCAAUUCGCUCCCAACGCGCAGAAGUCGCGCAACUACCUCCAUGCCACCGACACACCCUUCAAGAUCUGCGAGCAGCCGUUCGUCCUACCUCGACCCAUCCUUGAAGAUUUAGGUGUGACCUACCGUAGAGUUCCGGUCAUCAGUAUCGGCAAGGACGUCUUCUGUGACAACACCUGCUUUAUUGAUGCCAUGCAGAUGUUGUUGGAGAAGCAAGGGAAAGGGUUGAAGAGGAGUAAGCAUGAUCGGGCGUAUGAACAGUGGGGUUAUCGCAGCUUUUGGGUGUGUUUGGCCUGUGUACCUGCGAGUUUGAUAUCGAAGGAUCUCGCGAAGGAUAGGGCGAAUCUAUUUCCUGUCUUCGCGCGCGAAGAUUUUGGGACGCUCAAGCAGAAUGGUCUGUCCGAGCUGCGGUCGCUGUUGACCACGGCGGAGAAUGAGUUUUUGGGAGACGGAAAGGGACCCUUUAUCGACGGCGCGGAGUGUGGGUUGGCGGAUGUCCAUGCCAUGUGGAUGAUUAAGUGGGCAUUGCAUACCAUUAGCGUGGCGAAGGAGCCUGGCUUUGACGAGCAGGCCUUCCCAAAGGUGCACAGAUGGUGUAAUGCCUUGCCCAUCCACGACGACGAAAUCCAGAAAGACCAGUUCGUUAGCGCGGAAGAAGCGACGAAGCAGAUCUUGGCUUGCGAGUACGCAUGUCCAGACGUUGGCGUAGAUGCUGCGGAUCCGCUUCAGCUCAAGGAAGGCGAGGGGGUGGCUGUUGAGAUGACAGAUGCGACGCCUGGCUAUUUCCCGCAGAAGGGUGCUUUGGUCGGUUUGAGCAGGUCAAGGAUCGUUGUGCAGCUGGAGAAUGGCCUAAGGGUGCAUUUCCCCAGGGUGGGCUACCAUGUGAGAAGGCAGAGCGAACGCCGUGUCCCUCCAGCGAGGGUCACGGCAUACGUCGUCAUCCUGGCGUCUGCACAACCCACCUUCGACCAGGCGUACGGCAGCAGCUCUGGCGGCGCCGGUAAAGGCUCAUGGUUGAGCCGGGUAUCACACAGAGCAAGCCACAUCCCGAACCGUCCUCUUCCUUUGCGCACACCAGGCAGCGCUGGGAGUGUGGCGAGCAGUGGCUUUCCGUCCAGCGGAAACAGAUCCCAUGAGCGUCUCCCGGUACUGCACAAGACAUCGAGCUAUCCUGCCAGCCCAACGAGUCCUGCCAGUCCCACUGAGACGGAGUUUGCAAGCACUCCGAUCGAUGCGAGCUUCAGCGAGAGACUAGAGGCACUCCCGCCAGAACGGCCACCACCUGCGAGGCCAUCCGCGAGUGACAGAGCAGGACUGCCAAGUCAGAGGAGUAGGAGUGGAACGGCUACUCAGGUUGAAGCUCUCCCACGGAAGAAGUCCCAAAAGAUGAACAAAUACGCGCGGCAAGCAGGCGAUGAUAGCUAUGACAGCGAAGGCGCGGAAGCAGAUGAUGAGUUCGAGCGUACAGUCUUCUCGCCAACGAUGCCUACGCAGUUUGAUGAUCACGACACGGACCAUCCUUCGGAGUCGGAGGAUGAGCAUGAGUCGGUGGAUGGCGAUGACACCCCGACCACGCAGGCCUGGACUGAGAGAGAAGGUAGAAGUCCGACGGGCAUUGUCACGCAGUGGACGGAGGAGCAAGUGGCGGACUACAUCGCUUCGCUGUCCCCGGCACUGAAGCCGUACGGACAAGCGUUUGCGGAUGAAGGGGUCAAUGGCGAGGCACUUGUGGCGCUACAUCACGACGAGCUGCGGGAGCUGGGCGUGGUGAGUGUCGGGCACCGCUUGACCAUCCUUAAGGCUGUCUACGAGUCUAAGAUCCGGUCUGGCGUCAAGAUCGAAGAAGGCGACUACGUACCGCUGUCUGCGGAAGGAGACAGGAGCGAUUUCACCGCUACCCAGGACGAUAUUGCUCGAGUGAUUGAAUCGAUCAGGCUGCGAGAUCAGCGGAUUCUAGCAACGGAGGCCGAGUUGAAGGCGCUCAAGCAGGAUCUGGAUCGUGUCAUCGAAGACAACCGGAAGCUACGGGAGGAGACGCUACCCAUCAUGCGGCUGGUGAAAGAUCAGCGAACGCCUUUACCGGAUCCCGUGGGGGGCACAAUACCUUCUCCACGAGAUAUCGAAGUCCCAAAGCUGAACGAGAAUCUUGCGCCCGUACCUCAGAGCAAAGGCAGCUCGCUCAGCCGGAAAUUCUCCACUAAGAAGCUAUUCUUGGGCGGCGCACCGAAGCAGCCUUCACCCACUCAUCCACCGCAGUCACAUACGCCGCAGCCAAGAGAAGUACGCGAUGACCCAGGCGGCACGCACUUAGAAGCCUCCGCAGCGGCUAUGGCAGCGAGCACCCAUCUCACUGCGAGCAUGACGAGCCAGACAUCACCGAGCAGUUUGCACACGCAACAGCUCAGCCCCACGAGUCCGGCGUAUAGCACGCAAGCGCCAUCAUCCGGCGGAUCUUACCAUCCACCCAGUUCAGCGGCCGCUCGAUCAUUUCCCCGAGAUCCGGCUCCGAUACGCCAUGCUUACGCGCAUCAAGAUGACUCUGGCACGGGAUACUCUACGAGUAGUCAGUGGUCGAACGCUAGUACCAUCGUAGCUGACCGAGAGCCACCCGCCUCAGCCCGCCCUUUGCGAAGACAAGUGCCCACUCCAAGCCCGAGAGACGACGAGGCGCCGCAGACUGCGCCAUUACCGCGGGACCGAGACCGAGAGCGAGAGCGAGACCGAGACCGCGGCAACCCAGAUAACCCGGUGGAGAUCUUCAAGUCAUUCAGAGUCGGCAUUGAAGACCCUUGCCGUGUCGUGCUGCCUGUGGCACUCAAACGGUACAAUAUCACCGAUGAUUGGAGGCAAUACGCCCUGUACAUUGUGCACGGCGACCAGGAGCGCUGUCUUGGACUCGAAGAGAAGCCCCUUCUCCUCUUUAAGCAAUUGGACAAGGAAGGCCGGAAACCGAUGUUCAUGCUGCGACGGCAUGCGAGUCCGCAGGAAGGCUGGAGUGGGAUGGCUAGUCAUAGUCAGGAAAAGUCUAUACCCGGCGGUGUGCUGUAG